AUGAAAAUUUGCAUGUGGAAUGUGAGGGGGGCGAAUAGAAACUUGUUUUUACCUCAUGCAAAGGAAGUUGUUUUUAAUCAAAAUCCAGAUAUUUUCAUUUUUUUAGAAACUAAGGCUGAUGGUUCCAGGGCAAGAGAAACAAUGAUAAGUUUAAAAUUUUCGGAUUUUAGGGUGGUUAGACCAGUUGGAACAAGAGGGGGAAUUUGGUUGUUUUGGAAAAAAACUGUUGAUUUGGUUCUUUUUGAUGCUGAAAACACAUAUUUUCACUCUCUUUUUCAUUUUAAAAAUCUGGGAAAAGAGGGCCUUGUCACCGCCAUGCAUGCACCAAGUUCUUGUCGUGAAAAAUCCAAUCACUGGAAUUCUCUCCAAUCCAACUUACCUCCUAAGAAUACUCCUUGGCUUGUGGUGGGAGAUAUGAACGAAAUUACCAGCCAAUCUGAAAAACAGGGUGGAAGACCCUUUCGUGUCAAUCAAGGAAAGGAAAUGGUCAAUUUUAUGGACGAAGCUGGUUUAGUAGAUUUGGGGUUCAGUGGUUGUCCUUUUACUUGGACUAACGCCAGAGAUGCGCAUCAUCUCAUUCAGGAAAGACUAGAUCGUGCGUUAGCUAACUCUCCAUGGAUGGAAGCUUAUCCUCAUACUAAGGUUAAUCACUUACCUCGUACCUUCUCUGAUCAUUCGCCUAUUUUAAUUACUUUAUCUAAUAUUACUGCUAAUGGGCCAUUUCCUUUCAGAUGUAAGGAAGUCUGGUUAACUCACCCAGAUUUCACUAAUUACUUUAUUAGUAAUUGGAACUUUCCUCACAAUUCUUUUUUACAAGGAAGAAACGAAUUUCUUAAUUCUAUCCCUAUGUGGAAUCAUAAUAUAUUCGGGAAUUUAAAAAACCAAAAGAAAAACCUUCUAGCGAGAAUUGAUGGAAUUCAGAUUGCUUUAAGUAGGUAUUACUCACAGUAUUUAAUCAAUUUGGAAAAAAAACUCAUACAACAAUUAAACGACAUUUUAAAUAAGGAGCGGUUGAUUUGGGCUCAAAAAUCUGGAAUGAAUUGGAGACAAUAUGGGGAUUUUAAUACUAAGUAUUUUCAUAUGAUAGCUAAUAUUAAAAAAUCAAGAGGAAAAAUUCAAACUUUAAAAAACAGUAAUGAUGUUUGGAUUACUGAUCAAAAUCAAUUGAAAAAUAUAGCUACUAUUUAUUUUCAGAAUCUUUUUACCACGACUCGUUUGUAUGGCAAUCUAAAUUGUGAUACUCAUAGUAAUUUGGCCGUUAAUGUGGAGGAAUUUGACAUGUUGAAUUCUCCUGUUUCUAUAGAUGAAGUUCGUAACAAUCUUUUUGCAAUGGAUCCUAUAAAGGCUCCUGGCCCUGAUGGGAUCCAACCAAUUUUUUUUCAAAAGCAUUGGGUUCAACUAGGAUCUAUUAUUUUUGAUUUUUGCAAUGAUUGUGUUCUUAAUGGUACAAUUCCGGAAGAUAUUAAUCAGUCUUAUAUUACCCUUAUUCCUAAAAAUCCUUGCCCCGCUACCAUUGCGGAGUUUAGACCGAUAGGAUUAUGUAAUACUAUUUACAAGCUUGUCACUAAAAUUAUUUCUUCUAGAUUAAAAAAUAUUUUAGGUCGUAUUAUAAGUCCGUUCCAAUCUAGUUUCAUUCAUGGUCGGGGUAUAGAGGAUAAUGUUAUCCUUGUUAAAGAAAUGGCUCAUCAUUUCCAUAAGGUUAAAAAAAGAAAUAAGAUUAUGGCUUUGAAAUUAGACAUUACCAAGGCUUAUGAUAGUAUUGAAUGGGAUUUUGUUAGAGAAACUCUUCUAUUCUUUAACUUCCCUCCAAAUCUGAUUAGCCUCAUUAUGUCUUGCAUUUCAACUCCUUCCAUCUCUAUUCUGUGGAAUGGAGAAAUCUGUAAUGCUUUCAAACCAUCUAGGGGAAUUCGUCAGGGUGAUCCUCUUUCCCCUUACAUUUUUGUGUUAUGCCUUGAUAGAUUAUCUACUAUCAUUGAGCAAAGGGUUAACUCUCAUAGUUGGAGCCCCAUUGCUAUUACUAGAAAUAUAAAAAUUUCACAUGUGUUUUACGCCGAUGAUGUGUUCCUGUUUAGUACAGCUAACAAAGAAUCUUUAAGUAAUAUUAUGGAUGCUUUAACUUACUUUGGAGAAAAGUCUGGAUUAAAAAUUAGCAUGGCUAAGUCAACUCUUAUUUUCCCUUCCAAUCUUCAUCAUUCUAUCAGAAAGGAUAUUGCUGGAGAUUUUGGUUUCAAAAUUUCAUCUUCUUUUGGGAAAUAUCUAGGUGUUGACAUUCGACCUAAUAAGUUGAAAAUUUCUAAUUAUUUAGGUCUCUUAGAUAAAUCAAUGGAUAGGGUGAGGGGUUGGCAAGCUAAGCUUCUAAAUAUGGCAGGGAGAUGUACCCUAAUUAAAUCUGUGCUAAAUUCCUAUCCUCUUUAUGCUAUGCAAACUAAUAUUCUCCCUGCUUCCAUCACCCAUGCCUUGGAAAAAUGUUUUAGGAAAUUUUUAUGGAAUAAGGUAGAAAGAAGUAGGUAUAUGUCUAGGCUUUCUUGGGACAAGAUUACAAGACCAAUCAAUGAGGGUGGGCUGGGAAUUAGGAGAUUGAAGGAAUGGAACCUUGCUUUUAUGGCCAAAUUGGGUUGGGCGGUUUUAACUAAUCCAGAUAAGUUGUGGGUGAAAGUUUUAAAAGAAAAAUAUCUCAAACAUGAAAAUCUGUUCAAUUGUAUUCCUAAUAACAAUCAAUCUCCGUUAUGGAGAGACAUUCUCAAAGGUCGUCCUAUUCUUGAAAAAGGUAUCAUUAUUGGUAUUGGGAAUGGUGACACUACCUCUCUUUGGUAUCAUCAUUGGAUUGGGGCUCAACCAUUGUAUAAAACCGAAGGAGUUACAAUUCCUGAUUCUAAGGCUCACUGGUUGGUUAGCCAUAUUAUUCGAAAUAAAACUUGGCAUCUUAAUGAUAUUGAGCAUCUCAUCCCAUCCCACAUCAAAUCCUUAAUCCUUUCCUAUCCUCUUUCUAAUAACUGUAAGGAGUUAGAUUUUAUAAGAUGGAUUUAUUCUAAAAAUGGUUGCUUUAACAUCAAGUCAGCUUAUCAUUGCCAAUUCAGUGCCAUUCAUUGCCCUACUUUAAAUAAUGUUUCUUGGCGCAAAAUUUGGAAAAUUCCAGGUCCUUAUAAAUACAAAAUGCUUCUUUGGAACUGUGCCCAUCAGAUUUUACCUGUAGCAGAGAGCUUACAUCAGUUUUUACCUCAAAUCUCUCCUACUUGCUCCAGAUGCCGUUUAAAUUCUGAAAAUCAUUUGCAUCUGUUUAGGGAUUGCCCCCAAUCCAGUAUUUUAUGGACUUAUAUUUUUCAACGUGUUUGGUCUAACUCUAAGUUUGAUUUUUAUACUUUUUACAAUUCUAAUUGGAGUGCAUGGAUCACUUUUAACCUAAACAAUUCUAUUAAAUGGAAAAGUUUGUUUAUUACAGCUAUAUGGAAGAUUUGGUUAUCCAGGAAUAGGGUGGUUUUUGAUCUCAAAAUGAAAUCUGCAUUUUCGCUUUAUAAUGAUUUCUAUGUAGAUUGGACUUCUGCUAACAAUUGUUCACAGGGUAAGGAGUUAGGUGCAAAUCAGGUUCCAGGAUUGACUAAGAAAACUUGGUUUCCUCCAAAAGAUGGAGUGAUGAAGUUAAAUGUGGAUGGUGCUUGGAAGUCAAAUGCAGUGGCAGGAGGUGGAGGAGUCUUCAGAAGGUCAACAGGCUCCUGGUUUGUUGGAUUCUCCAGUAAAUUCACAGUUAGCUCCCCUCUUGCUGCAGAGCUUUAUGCCUUAAGGGAGGGACUAAUUAUUGCUAGAGAUUUCAAGUUUGAGAAGUUGGAGAUAGAAACUGAUGCUUUAAACCUCAAAGUGCUUUUGGGAAAGAUUAAGGAACAAGAUCAUCAUGAGCUGGGUCCUGUUUUGAGGGAGGUUGCCAACCUUCUCAAUCAGUCUUGGGUAGGAAACCUCACUCACAUUCCGAAAUUUUGCAACAAAGUGGCUCAUUCUCUCAUCAUGGCAGUAGGAAGCAAGCUGCAUUACAUUAUCCCUUCCUGUGCAAAAAGUGAUUAUGAAGCUGAUUUUGAAAACGCAAAUCCAGAAUAUGUUGAAACAAUUAGAAGAAAGGCAAGGGAUGAAGCAAACGCAAUUGUGGGUGCUAAUCCUUCAAUUGAUAAUGCAGUCACUUUGAAUCAGGGGGGAACAUCAGGGGGAGCUGCGCAGCUGGUGUUUGGUUCUAUUGUUACUGACAUCAAGGAAGCCAGAGACAAGUUGAAAAAUGUUGAUAACAGGAAUCAAGAUAAGGGUAAAGAGACAGCUUUCAUUCCUUUUGUUGUUGGUGGUUCAACAAUGGAUACUACUAUUGAAAUUGUUGAAGUAGAGGAAGGGGAGAUUACCAACAACUGA